AUGCUAUUCAGAAAAUCAUUUGCCUUGUCAACACCGGUGAUGGAAUGCCGGGAUGGAGUCCGCUUCACGACACAUAAAUGGGAUUUCGAGUAUGGAAAGACAUUGAUUCUCACGUGGACAGGCACUGUCGGCUUGGUCAAUAUCGACCUAGCCAAGUUUACAACUGGGGGACUCAUGAGGACUAAUGAGAUCGCUAAAAGCUAUACAGGCAACAAUACAUUUAUGUUGACCCCCAGAAUCGAUCUUACCCCGGGUGAUUACAUCUUGUACAUUAACGAUGGCCGAUGUACGGAUGAAUCGCCAAAGCUACCACUCCCUGGCGGUUUUCUACAGAAUAACACCCCUAGAGAUACCAGUAGCAAAAAUUCUACCGUAAACCAGGGUGAUGAUGGAUUAGCAUCCAGUGCCACCACAGGGGUUAGUAUAGGUUCAACCCUUGGUGGGAUUUUUCUUCUACUAGCCUUGGUUGCCUUCUUGAUCCAUCGCGGGCGGCGGAUCAGAAUAAAAUCAGAGGACCUAGAAGCCAAUACACAGAAUGAAGGGAAGUAG